UCGCUCGGGCUUGUUGUAUUUUUUAUCGCAUACAAGGCCAUACAUAUCAUGUUGCUCUACAUAUGGACCGCAGCUCUGGUAGUAGGUGUUUACCUGUACUUCAAACAGAUUUACUCCAGAUUCAGCAAACAUGGCAUCAAGCACUUGAAGCCUGUUCCCCUGCUGGGGAACAUGAGUCCUAUCAUAUUCAGAAGAAAGCAUUUUAGUUAUGUGAUUGAUGACCUAUAUAACAAGUUCCCUGAAGAAAGGUUUGUGGGCAACUAUGAAUUCGUAAAGCCGAUAAUAUUCAUUAGAGAUAUUGAGCUUAUCAAGAAGAUCACUGUUAAGGACUUUGAGUAUUUCCUUGAUCAUCGCGUGGCCGUCAAACCAGAAAUGGACCCAUACCUUGGAAGAACCUUGAUCUCCCUAGAAGGCCAAGAAUGGAAGGACAUGCGUUCAAGAUUAAGCCCAGCUUUUACGAGCUCAAAGAUAAAACACAUGCUGCCAUUCAUUGUCGAGGUAGGCAACCAGAUGGUCAACUCUUUCGAAAAGCAGUUAAAGGAAUCAAACAAUGGUUACAUAGACAUCGAAGUUAAAGACCUGUCAACCCACUAUGCUAACGAUGUCAUAGCGUCCAGCGCCUUCGGCCUAAGAGUCGACUCCUACUCGGAUCCCACCAAUGAGUUUCAGAGAAUGGGAAAUAUGAUUAGUAACUUUGGCUUUGAAACCGUACUAAAGUUUUUCGGAUUUGUCUCAGUUCCUUUUCUUAUGAAGCUAAUGAAGAUGAACCUCUUCUCGGCUGAUUUAACGAACUUCUUCAAGCACUUAGUGCUUAGCACGAUGAAGGAUCGUGAAGCGCACAAUAUUCUGCGACCAGACAUGAUACAUUUACUAAUGGAAGCCAAGAAAGGUAGACUUGAACACGAAGAUUUUACCAAGGAUGCUAAUGCAGGAUUUGCAACAGUAGAAGAAUCUAAUGUCGGCAAAAAGAAAAAUAACACAGCUUGGACAGACGAAGAUCUAGUCGCACAGGCAAUAAUUUUCUUCGUCGCCGGUUUUGAGACCGUCUCCACGGCCAUGACUUUCCUGCUUUACGAGCUGGCCCUCAACCCUGAGGUCCAGGAUAAGUUGGCAAAGGAACUAAGAGAACAUGAGAAGAGCAGUGGCGGCAAGUUUGAUUACAACUCCAUUCAGACCAUGGUUUACUUGGAUAUGGUCGUCUCAGAAUCACUACGACUUUGGCCCCCGGUUGUUGCAACGGACAGAAUUUGCACAAAGGACUACAAUUUGGGCAGAACCAACGAUGAAGCUACUCAAGACUAUAUUAUAAAAAAAGGUGAAGUCAUCAACAUACCAGUAGCGGCGAUACAUCAUGAUCCGAAAUACUAUCCGAACCCCAAGAAGUUUGACCCUGAGCGCUUCUCUGAGGAGAACAAGCGUACGAUCCAGUCCUUCACUUAUUUUCCGUUUGGUCUAGGCCCCAGAAACUGCAUUGGGUCCCGGUUCGCUCUCUGCGAAGUGAAGGUGAUGGUAUACCAACUCGUCCAGCGCUACGAAUUGAUGCCGUGUGAGAAAACAACCAUCCCCCCUGUUCUGGCCUCGGAUAAUUUGGCCAUGAGGAUCAAGGGUGGACAUUGGUUGAGGCUCAAACCGAGGGUCUAAGUUAAAUCAAGGUCUUACUCGUAAGUUUGUCAAAGGACUGUCUCGUUUCAAUCAUAGACAGAGAGAAUCAUACUAUCUUUGUCUUACACUAGUACUAGCACCCAAAUGAAAAGGAUUAGUAUAGUGUUCCUGGUUGUUACUGACUGACAAAUUGAUUUGACCAACUAUAUGUCAUGGAUUGAUGACGUCAAUCCUUAGCUCGCUUCUGAUUGACGUUUCAGUCAAAAUGGCCGAUUGGAGAAUAUUGCCCUUUUAUUUUAUUGAAUAUAUUAAUAAUCCUAAUGUUUAUACUGAGAUUGGGCCAUUUUAUAGAAUCAUAUUAACAUAAUAAUGUUUUUUUGAGACCAUUAUUUCCAUGUUUCUUUGUUACUGUCAUCAGGCCAAUUGUCUGUGUGUUUACGAAUAAAAAACUAUUCUAUUCUAUUCUAAAUGUAUAUAAGGCUAACAUGUAAAAUGUAUGGAUGGUUGGGAAGACUGUCAUAGGGCAAGAAAGUAUUUGUAUACGGACAUCGCUCAGAUACUGUCAAAAAGGAAGAGAUUCGCUCUUUCUAAUCUCCUCUACGGAACUUCUGUAUGUGUAGUAUGUGUACAAACGCAAGAGUUAGAAGCGAAAAAAGAGCAUGUAGACGGUCUUAACUGAUCGACUGUCUUUUCACAUUAACUUUAAAUUACUCGUGUAAAUAAUGUAAAUAAAUGUUUGAAAG